AACCCACCCUGUUUGUAUUUAGAUUACGUGAGUAAUUAUGGGUAUUUCACAAAGAAACGUUGCAAAUAUGAUAAAGGCAUGCAGUGUCUUAGGCAUAGCCUGUUUGUUCAUGACCAAUAUUGUGGUCAGAAUUGAGGCGUCCCCCAAAGGCCGAAUCUUGCAAGGCGAGACCGUUUACGAUAUCACCAAAUACGGCGCCAAGGGUGAUGGCACGACCGACGAUGCAAUGUCGUUAAUUCAGGCUUGGAGGGCGGGAUGCGACAGCGCGGGAGCAGCGAGAAUUCUGGUCCCAGCGGGAAAGAAGUUCAUGAUGGGCGAGGUGGUGAUGACGGGGCCGUGCAAAGCGAAGCCGCCGAUCAUCUUGGACAUCCAGGGCACCCUGAAUGCAAACCCUGACCCAAGUUCAUAUUCCAACAUGAUGUGGAUCUUGAUCGAGCACGUGAACAACAUCAAAAUCACAGGUGGAGGCACCCUCAAUGGUCAGGGGCCAAGUGUUUGGAAGUACGCUGACGAAGGGAAUCACAUGCCCGUCGGUUUUACAUUCCAAUCAUCCUCUAACGGCGACAUAAGCAACCUCAAUUUCGUGGACUCUAUGGGCUUCCACACCAAAUUGAUUGACAGCAUCAACAUCAAGGUAACGAAUUUGAAGAUCACUGCUCCCGACGACAGCCCCAACACCGACGGAAUGCACUUUAGCAACGCCACCAAUGUCGAAAUGUCCGAUUGUGUCAUCGGAACAGGUGACGAUUGCAUUUCCAUCGGCACCGGCAGCAAAAACCUUAUGUUUAGGCGAAUCAAAUGUGGUCCUGGACACGGACUCUCUGUGGGGAGUUUGGGCAAGCGACCUGACGAGCUGAGCGUGGGGAACAUCACCUUCAUAAAUUGCUCUUGCACGGGGACGACCAACGGCGCGAGGAUCAAGAGCUACCACGCGUCGCCGGUGCUAACCGCACAGACCAUCAUCUACCAAGACAUAAUCAUGGAUAAGGUGAAGAACCCUAUCAUCAUCGACCAACAUUACGACUCCAAGAACAAGGCUGAGCAAUCGAAUGUGAAGAUCAGCGAUGUCCACUUCAGAAAUAUAAAGGGCACGACCAUCUCCAAGGUUCCGAUCCUAUUGAAUUGCAGCUCCAAAUAUCCGUGUGACAACAUUGAGUUGGCCAACAUUGACUUGAAACCCGUCCCGCCAUUGACCGAGACCUCCUCCGCAUGCGUCAGUGCCACCAACUUGAAAAUCAGCGGCACUAUUAUCCCUCCAGCUCCUACUGCUUGUACCAAGAAGUAGAUCAUAUUUAUUUCACACACCCCGUCCAUACUUGUUUGAAUAAAUAUUUGAUUAUUGUUCACUCAACAAUAAUUUCCUUAUUUUAUUUCAAAACUCUUUUGUAACAUUCAAAAUCGAUUAUUAAUGCCAUUUACAUUCUAAGUUUCUUCA